AAGUAUGUUUGGGCUGGACCAAUUCGAGCCCCAGAUCAACAGCAGGAACGCUGGCCAGGGCGAGAGGAACUUUAACGAGGCCGGACUAAGCAUGAACGCCCACUUUAAGGCCCCGGCUUUCCACGCAGGGGGACCCCCUGGCCCGGUGGACCCUGCCAUGAGCGCGCUGGGGGAGCCCCCGAUGUUGGGCAUGAACAUGGAGCCUUACGGCUUCCACGCGCGCGGCCACUCGGAGUUGCACGCGGGGGGGCUGCAGGCGCAGCCAGUACACGGAUUCUUCGGAGGCCAGCAGCCGCACCACGGACACCCAGGAGUCCACCACCCCCACCAGCAUCACUCCCACUUCGGGGGCAACUUUGGCGGCCCGGACCCAGGGGCCUCGUGCCUGCACGGGGGUCGCUUGCUUGGCUACGGAGGCGCCGGCGGCGGCCUGGGCAGCCAGCCGCCGUUUGCCGAGGGUUACGACCACAUGGCGGAGAGCCAGGGGCCCGAGAGCUUCGGCCCGCAGCGACCCGGGAACCUUCCGGACUUUCACAGUUCGGGCGCCUCGGGCCAUGCCGUGCCUGCCCCAUGCUUGCCGCUGGACCAGAGCCCUAACCGAGCCGCCUCCUUCCACGGCCUGCCCGCCUCCAGCGGCUCCGAUUCCCACAGUCUGGAGCCCCGGAGGGUGGCGAACCAAGGAGCCGUCGACUCGCUGGAAUACAAUUACCCGGGCGAGGCGCCCUCAGGACAUUUCGACAUGUUUUCGCCUUCUGAUUCCGAGGGGCAGCUGCCUCAUUAUGCGGCUGGCCGCCAGGUUCCCGGGGGCUCUUUCCCGGGUGCCUCGUCCAUGCCCAGAGCUGCAGGCAUGGUGGGCUUGUCCAAAAUGCACGCACAGCAACAGCAGCAGCAGCAGCAGCAGCAGCAGCAGCAGCAGCAACAGCAGCACGGCGUGUUCUUCGAGAGGUUCGGCGGGGCCCGCAAGAUGCCCGUGAGUCUGGAGCCGGGGGUAGGCUCCCGACACCCGUUAAUGCAGCCUCCUCAGCAGGCGCCGCCGCCCCCGCAGCAGCCUCCCCCGCAGCAGCCGCAGCAACCGCAGCAGCCGCAGCCGCCGCCGCCCGGUCUUCUGGUCCGACAAAAUUCGUGCCCUCCUGCGCUCCCGCGGCCCCAGCAGGGCGAGGCGGGCACGCCCAGCGGCGGCCUGCAGGACGGGGGCCCCAUGUUGCCCAGCCAACACGCGCAGUUCGAGUACCCCAUCCACCGGCUGGAGAACCGGAGUAUGCACCCUUAUUCCGAGGCUGUGUUUAACAUGCAGCACCCCCCUCCGCAGCAGGCGCCCAACCAGCGGCUGCAGCAUUUCGACGCGCCCCCCUACAUGAAUGUGGCCAAGAGGCCGCGCUUUGACUUCCCGGGCAGCGCGGGAGUGGACCGCUGCGCGUCGUGGAACGGCAGCAUGCACAACGGCGCUCUGGACAACCACCUCUCGCCCUCCGCCUAUUCGGGCCUACCCGGCGAGUUCACGCCGCCUGUCCCCGAUAGCUUCCCCUCGGGGCCACCCCUGCAGCACCCGGCCCCGGACCACCAGUCCCUGCAGCAGCAGCAGCAGCAACAGCAGCAGCAGCAACAGCAGCAGCAGCGCCAAAACGCGGCCCUCAUGAUUAAGCAGAUGGCGUCGCGGAAUCAGCAGCAGCGGCUGCGCCAGCCCAGUCUGGCCCAGCUAGGCCACCCCGGGGACGUGGGCCAGGGCAGCUUGGUGCACGGCGGCCCGGUGGGCGGCUUGGCCCAGCCGAACUUUGAGCGUGACAGCGGCGGCGCGGGCGCGGGGCGCCUGGGCACCUUCGAGCAGCAGGCGCCGCACUUGGCGCAGGAGAGCGCGUGGUUCCCAGGGCCUCAUCCGUCGCCAGGUGACCUGCUGCCUCGCAGGAUGGGCGGCUCGGGCCUGCCGGCUGACUGCGGCCCGCACGACCCUGGGCUGGCACCGCCCCCUCCGCCGGGUGGCUCAGGGGUGCUGUUCCGGGGCCCUCUGCAGGAGCCGCUGAGGAUGCCCGGAGAAGGCCACGUGCCCGCGCUGCCCUCACCUGGCCUGCAGUUCGGGGGUAGCCUGGCCAGCCUGGGCCAACUGCAGUCGCCCGGGGCUGGGGUGGGGCUGCCUAGCGCUCCCUCCGAGCGCCGGCCCCCGCCGCCGGAUUUCAGCGCGCCCGCGCUCGCGGGCCAGCCGGGUUUCCCGUUCGGCGCGGCAAACCGGCAGGCCACGCCGCACAGCGGCCCGGGCGUGAACUCGCCCCCGAGCACGGGUGGGGGCGGCGGCAGCACGGGCGGCGGCGGCGGCGGCGGGGGGGGCGCGUACCCGCCGCAGCCUGAUUUCCAGCCCAGCCAGCGCUCCUCGGCCAGCAAGCUGGGCGCGCUCUCGCUGGGCUCCUUCAACAAGCCCAGCUCCAAGGACAACCUGUUCGGCCAGAGCUGCCUGGCUGCGCUCUCCACCGCCUGCCAGAACAUGAUCGCCAGCCUGGGCGCUCCCAACCUCAACGUGACCUUCAACAAGAAAAACCCGCCCGAGGGCAAGAGGAAACUGAGCCAGAACGAGACCGAGGGCGCGACCGUGGCCGGCAACCCGGGCUCGGAUUACUUCCCCGGAGGGGCUGCUCCUGGGGCCCCAGGGCCCGGAGGCCCGUCGGGGACCAGUAGCAGCGGCUCCAAAGCCUCGGGGCCGCCCAACCCGCCCGCCCCGGGGGACGGCACCAGUCUCUCCCCGAACUACACCCUGGAGUCAACGUCGGGGAACGACGGCAAGCCGGUCCCCGGGGGCGGCGGCCGGGGCCGGGGUCGCAGAAAAAGGGACAGUGGUCACGUGAGCCCCGGGACCUUCUUCGACAAGUACUCUGCCGCGCCGGACAGCGGGGGCGCCCCCGGGGUGAGCCCAGGGCAGCAGCAGGCACCGGGUGCAGCCGUCGGGGGAGGCUCCACCGGCGAGGCGCGCGGGGCGCCGACGCCUCACGAGAAAGCGCUUACGUCGCCGUCGUGGGGGAAGGGGGCCGAGUUGCUCCUGGGGGACCAGCCGGACCUCAUGGCGUCCCUGGACGGCGGGGCCAAGUCGGACAGUAGUUCCCCGCACGUGGGCGAGUUCGCCUCAGACGAAGUCAGCACGAGCUACGCAAACGAGGACGAGGUGUCUUCCAGCUCCGACAACCCCCCGGCCCUGGCCAAAGCGAGUAGGAGCCCUCUGGUGACAGGCUCGCCCAAACUCCCUCCCCGUGGGGUGGUCGCCGGGGAACACGGACCGAAGGCGCCCCCGCUGGGCCUGGGCAUCAUGUCUACGUCUACCUCGACCCCCGACAGCUACGGCGGCGGCGGGGGCGCGGGCCAUCCCGGCACGCCGGGCCUGGAGCAGGUCCGGACCCCGACGAGCAGCAGCGGGGCCCCGCCACCCGACGAGAUCCACCCCCUGGAGAUCCUCCAGGCCCAGAUCCAGCUGCAGAGGCAGCAAUUCAGCAUCUCCGAGGACCAGCCCCUGGGGCUCAAGGGUGGCAAAAAGGGGGAGUGUGCCGUCGGGGCCUCUGGCGCGCAGAAUGGCGACAGCGAGCUGAGCAGCUGCUGCUCCGAGGCGGUCAAGAGCGCCAUGAGCACCAUCGACCUGGACUCGCUGAUGGCCGAGCACAGCGCCACCUGGUACAUGCCCGCUGACAAGGCCUUGGUGGACGGCGCAGACGACGACAAGACGCUGGCGCCCUGGGAGAAGGCCAAACCCCAGAACCCCAACAGCAAAGAAGCCCACGACCUCCCCACGAACAAGGCCUCGGCAGCCCAGCCCGGCAGCCAUCUGCAGUGCCUGGCCGUCCACUGCACAGACGACGUGGGCGACGCCAAGGCCCGCGCCUCCGUGCCCACCUGGCGGUCCCUGCACUCCGACAUCUCCAACAGAUUUGGGACAUUCGUGGCCGCCCUAACUUGAAUCCACAAGAAAUGCCCUCUCACCCCAAGGCCCUUCCCUCCCCCCUCUCUCUCCCCUCCCCCUGACCCCUGACCCCCCUUCCCCCCACCCCCCCUCGUUAAUUUGAAAGGGCCACUAUUGCUGGAUGAUUUUUUUUUCUAGGUUGGUACCUGCUUAGUGGCAUAUGGACCGGAAAGGGUUAAUUUAAAGGGAAAAAAAAAAAAACCUCAAAAAAUUUUUUUAAAAAGAAACUCGUCUGCCACGGUAUGUUACCAGUGUUAACCCUUCUGCCGUUAGCAAACUUUUGCUUAAGCCUUUUUCCUGCUAGAUAAUUCCCCAUUUUUCGGUAAUCUUGGCAUACGUUUUCUAGAUGACCUCUUUCCUUGUUUAAUUUCCAUGCUGCUGUGUGUCCAAGCAUCGUUAUUUCAAAGAAUUGCUUUCCUUUUUUAUUCUCUUUUAUUCUUGUUCCUUUUCUGCCUUCCUCCCCCCACACCGCCUUUUUUUUUUUUUUCCCCCUUCUCCCUUUUGCUUUGUUCACUGCUUAUUAAAAUGGAAAUCCUGGAGCAUAGUAGUUCUGGAAUAUUGCCGGGUGAAAGUCGGAUUGUCAUCACAAUAUUAUAUACUGACACCCAACUGUCAUCAGUCAGGCAGAAGCCAAACAAUUAAUGCCCCCCUUAGGUAUUCUGCCUGGGGUUUUGUUUUGUCUGUUCCCUAAGAAAAUAGAGAUAUAUGUUUGCGUUCCUACAAACACACACUCAGCCUUCAGCUCCGUUCUCUCUCCUGCUGGAAGCUGCCGCCUCGGCAGUGGAGGUGAUGACGUGUCCAGCCCGCUCUGUGGGAAGGAGUCGGAAUGUUCGACGCUGGGGUUUUCUCUCCUUUUCUGGGCCUCCGCACAAACGCCCGAGCUCUGCAUUUUCACACUGUGCUAAGCAGUCCUCUGCCUCGGCGGGGGGUGGAGGCCGUCCAGCUUGCUGUGUCUCUGGGGACUCCAGGCGCCGGCCCCUCUGCAGCCAGGCCACCUGGGUCUUGGGUGCUGGCCUUAGGGAGGAUCGAUUCUUAGCCCUUGACCUUUCUAGACAGCUGUUCCCAGCCAGGCCUCCCCGGGGACGAAGGAGGGGGCUGCGUCCAACUCCCCCACUGCUUCCGUUUGGUCCCCAUUCUCCAUCUAUUUUCCCGCCUCCAGCCUGGGCCGCCCCCCAUCCCUGGGAGGGACAGGGCGUUCGCCAGCCCUGUCCGAGGGGUUCUGUCACAGAGGAGCCUCCGGGUCCAGCCUCCCGAGCCCCCCUGCUCCCAGCCUGGUGUAUUUCUUUGUAGGGGUUCGCAGACUCUCAAGGGCUGGGGGAGGAAGAGAAUAGAACUAAUGGCUUUGAUUCCUGGGCCUUUGUUUUUCUCCGGAAUUUUUUUCCCCUUUUCAUUACAUCUCACCCUCUUGCAAAACUAGAGAGCGGCGUCUUGCGGAGGAACAAGUUCUCCUCUGAGCAGAGAGGAGGGGCGGCCGGGUGAGCAGGGCAGCGGAGAGCAGGGCUCCCGGACCCAGCCUCUUAUGGGUCCUCCCAGGGUGGCUGUCACUGGACACCCAGGGCUGGCAGCGGUGGGCACCUCUGGGUGCUGGUGAUGGCUGCAGAGGGCUUGCGUGACUCGUGGGGUUGUUGGGGGGCACCUAGCUUGCAGGGUGGGCCAGGCAAGAAGGGACUCACGUCACUUCACCCAAAUCGGGAACGUUUCAAUUUUAUUUGUUUUUGCGAAAGAGCACGUCUUACCAAAUGUUCCAUUUUGAGCCUCGCACUCUCUCCCCCAACCCCAGGUCUCCAGAGUUUGCAGACCCGGCGUUUUUUUUUUUUUUUUUUUUAGCAAGCGACCUGAAGAUUUGGGGGCUCACCCUACAACACCCACCUUGUUUAUUUCAAAGAACUUUUCAGCAAAUGGAGAAGAGCGUCCAGAAAAAUCUCGCUCCUUCCCCUCCGUCCUCUUCUUUCCUUCGGCCAGUCCUUGCGGCUCGGGUCCCGGUCUGGAUGGUCCCAGGUUCUUGCCCGGGCCGCCUGACCGGGACCCCGGCCCGCAGAGGGCAGGCAGAAGCAGCUGGUGGGAAUUUAUCAGCCAGGAGGUGCGAGCUGACUCACUUCCUGUGUUCUGCCACCAGAGGAAAGAAAAGGAGAGAAAAUUUCCCCCGGCCACCGGCUGCAGAACCCCGUGCCCCUCUGAUUCCGCCGUGUACAGCUGUUUGAGAGCUUCCUCCUUUGAUUUUGGAAAGAGGAAUAAUUUCUCCUUAAUUGCUUAAGGCUGGGGAGCCGAGCGUCUCGACUUGCGUGUUUGACUUUUCCCCCGCGUCGAGUCCGUCAGCGCUUGGCCAUCAGCUCGCGGUCCCAGCAACUCGGAAACCCCUGCGGUUUGAAAGUUUCUCGCUCCCCACGACCCCAGAGUGGAGCAGCUUUUCAAAUAGCCUUAAGCAAAAGGAUGUGAUUUCAUGAAAUCGGGUUGAAUGGAAAGAAUAAAAGCGAAGGACAAACACAGCCACCCCACGAGACUCCCAGCGCCGGUAAUCGGUACUACAUAGCAAACUCUUCGGGAAAGGAAAUGAAAAUGUUCUUGCACAUGUAAAAUAGGAAAACUUAACUCUGCUGUGUGUUAGGCAAUCCUGUAAUCUUUUUUGACUCUUAAAAGAAAUUCAUUUCUGAAAUGCUAGGUUGGAAGACUGUGACAAUAGCUCAUGAAAUUGAGUGUUAUUUUUUUCUUUCUUUUUUAAAAAAAAAAUAUGUAAAGUGCAGUCUUCUGUAUUCAUACAUAUUGUAUAUACCUGUAUAUGUUUUCCUGAGCAGCUAAAUAACAAUAAAUAUGACGUUAAUGGUGA